CGUGUGCGUGGGUCGGGCCGUAUGUGAUGCUGCUCCGGAGCUUGGCCCGGGAAGGCCGGGCGGUGGCCGCCGCUGCCCGGCGUCCGGCAAGUACCAGCGGGUCGGGGGCCGGGGCUGGGCGCGUUCGGGAGGCCGGGGCCGGCAGGGACUGGAGACGUCCUGCCUUCCCCGCCUGCAGGGGACCGUGGCUGCCUGCCCUGGCUCCACGGGAAGGACCGCCCUGCGCUGGACCCACCCGCUCAGCAGUGUCCCUUGCGCGCCCUCUGUGUGCGAGCCCUUUGGGGAAGCUGCGGAGCAGAGCGUUCUUAGCUGGAGGUGCCAAGGGGCCAUGGCGACUCUCCAGCUCGGGCUGGUGCCGAAGGCUUCCUGGAGGCAGCAGCACUCUUUACCAGCACUGUGCCUGGGUCCAAGCCCGGGAAGGCCACGGAGAGUUCGGGAAGGACCACGUGGAGGUGGGCUCUCAGUCCAGUGCAGAGGGCACCAGGCAGCACAAGUCCUCCUUGCCUGGCGGGGGCCCCUUGGAACCCCCAUUUCCCCUGCCCCCCGGGCUGGAACCCCCCACAAAUUGCUGCAUGAGUGGCUGCCCCAAGUGCGUGUGGGUGGAGUAUGCGGACGCGCUGCUGCAGCACUACCAGGAUGGCGGGGAGCGGGCCCUGGCCGCCCUGGAGGAACACGUGGCUGACGAGAACCUCAAGGCCUUCCUCAGGAUGGAGAUCCAGCUCCGAGCGAGGAGUGGAGGCUGAGCCGGCUUGCCCACACCCGCACCCAGACAGGCCCCGGCCUGGCAGCUCCUUCCUCCUCGGGAAGCAACACGGAGCUUCAUUCACAGCCCUUCACGAGGCUGGUGUCAGACAGGAGUAGGAAGAAUUAUUUAUUGACCUCAUCUGGGAAUAAAUAAGUUCUCUGUGGUGCUCAGA